UGUUGUGUCACAACAAUUGCAACUGAUGUGUUUCGAACAAUGUUUACGUUUGUAAAACGUAGUUUGUUAUUGUCGCUGUCGCGUUUUAGAGUUUCAGCGUCACUUCAGGUCGUUUUGCUCUAGUUUCUUCCAUUCUAUUGUCGAAAAGGAUAUGGAUCAAAUAAAAGUAGUUUUAGCUAUCGGAAUUGGAGCAGCCUUCUUAGGGGCCGUUGUUUACAAACUCUACAGGAAGUCCAAAGAGGAGAAAAAUUUCAGGCAAUUGGUUAAGGGUUGGAAAGCGUGCGGCGUAGUGAGUCAACUGCACAUUUUCCCCCUUAAAUCAGGUCAUGGCAUUCCUGUAGAAGAGGCAUAUGCACAAAAAAUUGGCCUUGUCAAUGGAGAACUUCAAGACAGGUCUUUUAUGGCAUACAAUGAGAACAACAACUUUUUGUUUGGUCGAAUUCACCCUAAAAUGGUUCUAAUCAAAAUAUCUGUUUCUGGCAACAAAGUAGAAUUUACAGCACCCAACUGUGAGUCAAUUACUUUUCCAAUUCCAUCUCAAUCUGAAACAGAGAAACAAGUCAAAGUGAGAAUUUUUGGAGAGGAAGUAGCUGCUUUUGAUUGUGGUGAUCAAGUAGCUCAGUGGCUUUCACAAUAUAUUUUCCAAAAAGAUUCUGGUGCUAGACUGGCCCACUUGUCCUAUCCUAAAGUAUCUCCUCGCGUGUUGAAAUCCAAGCCGGGCCAAAACUGGUUGAAGCCGACUGACGCGGGAUUGUUCUCUAACGCUACCCCGUUUCACUUGCUAUCGGUGGAGUCGGCCAAUGAUUUGAAUUCUCGAGUGGAUGGAUUAGAAAUUUCGACUUUAAAUUUUCGUCCAACCAUUACCGUCAGUGGAUGUCAGCGUCCCUACGAGGAAGACGAUUGGAGAUUUGUCCGUAUCGGCGAAGCUGUCUUCCGCUACGUCAAGGGAACCGAGCGAUGUAUAUUACCUACAAUUGAUCCAGCGACUGGAAUAAAAGACCCUAACCAGGAACCUUUACGAACUCUUCGAAAAUACCGUCUUGCAGAGGAUCCGGUGUUGCGUAAAGCCAUGGGCGAGUCUCCUCUCAUGGGAAUCAGUUUAGCUCUGGAACAAGCCGGAAGGAUCCGUAUAGGUGAUGUUGUCUACGUCGGCCAACUGUAAAUUACUGUGUCAUCCAAAGAGAUUGCACAGUUUCUUGGAUUGAUUAUAUUUUUUUAUUAUUAUUUUAGUUGAAACUGGCCUGUGGCCUAAAGUUAUUUUUUCCAAUUCCAUUUUUUUGCUACGGAUUUUUAUUAAAAUUUUAUUAUGGAAUUUCGGUUGAAUUUCCAUUAUUUAAGAAUAAAUCACAAAAGAAAUGAACUACUGGUGUUAUUGACUAUAGUAUUUCACAAUACCGCGAAGGAAUCCGCGGUUAUUCUGUUACAGCAAUAAUCUGAUCUUUACUACUUUUUUUUACUAUCAAAAUACGCUUUUUCCAUAAUCCUUUCAGAAGAACAAUUCAUCCAUGAUUGAAUUGAAUGCAUGCUUAUUGUCUGUGUGAGUCAAAGCUGCCUGUAACUUUGUUUUUUUUUGCUUCACGAAUUUACAUUUUGA